UGCCUCUAACCCUUACAUGCCCUAAGGCUCCUCGCUCUCUCGCACAUACAUUCCAUAGCUUUGCUCCUCCGAAGCUCGCAAUUUUCUACUUUUGAUUCAUCCGUCGAUUGGUAAUCUGUGGAAUCCACUGAAUCCCCACCGCCAACAGGUGGGGCUCGCCUGUAGUUUGAUUAGGCGCAUCUCCCCACUUUGCUCUCCUUGUGGAGGUCCGUCCGGGGCGUGGAUCGUUUGGUGUCUGCUUGAAUCGGAGAGCGUGGUAACAAAGGCGUCGGCUUUACCUUAUUUGGCUUGUAUUUCCGCUGCCCUUUCCCCUUGUGUAGGUUUGAGAAAAUAGGCCUUUUCUUCCCGAUUAGAUCGGUGAACUUGACCUAAGGUUUCUGGAUUACCCGGUGAAGAGUUUUGAGGAGAUCCACCUGAUCACCAGAGUGAAGGAUACUCCAUCUUUGCUCUCGAGUGCUAGGUUGCUGGUAUUUAGGAAAUACAAAGAUUUGAUCUUUGUUGUAUCUGUUGUCGUUGUGGCUGAAGAUCUUCACAGAAAGCCUUUUUUGGGUUGGGUUUUCUUGGAAGAUUUGUCAGCCUGUGUACAGUGGAUUGAGUUGAUAUUGCGUAAAGGAGAGUGUUCUUUCUGGUGUGUGGAGGCAUCCAAUAUAGCAUAGAGCAAUUAUUGUACAAUAGCCUUCUAUGGGUGAGCAUGCAGUCCUGGGGCAACCUAAUGGGCUAUUGCCCAACGGUCUUUUGCCCAAUCAAGUGUCUAAUGUGACCCGAGCCCUUGAUAUGGAGAGAUGGUCAAAGGCUGAAAAGAGAACAGCAGAGUUGAUAGCAUGUAUUCAGCCCAAUCAACCAUCUGAAGAACACAGGAAUGCUGUAGCCAGCUAUGUCUGCCGGCUAAUCAUGAAGUGUUUCUCCUGUCGGGUUUUCACAUUUGGGUCUGUACCUCUCAAAACCUAUUUACCUGAUGGCGACAUUGAUUUGACUGCAUGCAGUAAUAAUGAAGAUUUGAAGGAUUCAUGGGCUAAUGCAGUUCGUGAAGUGCUGGAAAAUGAAGAAAAGAUUGAGAAUGCUGAAUUUUGUGUAAAAGAAGUCCAAUACAUUCAAGCAGAGGUAAAACUCAUAAAGUGCCUUGUAGACAACAUUGUUGUCGAUGUAUCCUUUAAUCAAGUUGGUGGAUUAUGCACACUUUGUUAUCUAGAAGAGGUUGAUGACUUGAUAAAUCAAAAUCAUCUACUCAAGCGGAGUAUUAUACUGAUUAAGUCUUGGUGUUACUAUGAAAGUCGUAUAUUAGGUGCUCAUCAUGGGCUUAUAUCCACAUAUGCUUUGGAGACCUUAGUUCUUUACAUGUUUCAUGUGUACAACUCCUCCUUUGCUGGUCCACUUGAGGUAUUAUACCGUUUUCUAGAAUUUUUUAGCAACUUUGAUUGGGAUAAUUUCUGUGUUAGCCUAUGGGGUCCUAUUCCUAUCAGUUCACUUCCAGAUAUGUUCGCUGAACAGCCUAGAAAGGAUAGUGGCAAGGUGUUCUUUAGUGAAGACUUUCUCCAUGGCUGCAGUAAAAAAUAUGGUGUUAUCAUCCCUCGUGAUCAAGAAAAUCAAGCGCAACCUUUUGUUUCAAAGCAUUUCAAUGUAGUUGAUCCUUUACGUACUAACAACAACCUUGGACGCAGUGUGAGUAAAGGUAAUUUCUUUAGAAUACGUACAGCUUUUGCAUUUGGGGCCAAAAGGUUGGCCAGGUUACUUAAGUGUCCAAUGGAAGACAUAAUUGCUGAAGUGAAUCAAUUCUUCAUGAACACAUGGCAAAGACAUGGGAAUGGUCCUUGUGCCAAUGUUCCUAUCCUAGAUUUGCGACAUUUGCAAGUUCUGAAAAAUGUUCCAAAAGAAACAAACAAUUCAAAAAAUACCACAAAUGCCAAAAAGAAAAUUGAAAAUGUUGGAAUGCAUGCUGGUCAUGAAAGUGAUCUUGGAGCUGGUGGUGAUUCUCGAGAGCUCUUACCUGGAAUCGACAGUACUAUUGACCAAAACUCUAAAAGGAUUAAUGGGAUAAGUAACUACAAUAAAUCCUUGGUUUCUCGUUGUCGGGGUCAGAAAUAUUAUGGUGGGCAAAUCAAUUCAAGGGUCUCUGAUCAGUUUGAAAGGAACAAUAGCUAUAGUGGUUCUGUGCACAUUGACAAAAGCCAGAAAAUGUUUAAAUCUAAUUACUCUCUUGAGGAAGAAAGGCAAGGGAGAUUGCAGUUUCCAAGGGUGAGAUCCAGUCCUGAAUUGGUGGAGGCAGCACUUGAUUUGUCUAGAGGGAGGCAUGACAGCAAAAUGGAGACCAGAAAAACUCAGGAUGCUCCUGCAGAUACUGGAUAUAAUAUCAGAAGUAGCUCGGGUUCUGAAGCUACAGGGAGUCAAAUAUCAAAUGUCGAUCCUUUGCCAAUGAGGCAAAGCUCAUCUGACAAAAACCUUGAAGUUGUUUGUGAUUCAAAUAGUGCUUCGAAUAACUUUCAUGGUGAUUUUAACUUUGGGACUUUGCGUGAGGAGCUUGCUUCUGUCUCUGAGAGAAUGGAAAUGCAACAGGAAGAGCAGGACUUGAUCAAUAUGAUGGAAUCAUCCGACAUCCACAGUUUCAAUGGACAGGUUCAGUUGCCAAUGUAUCUUUCUUCUCAUUUUCCAUUGACAUUAUCUCCUGUGCCAAGUUCAUUUGAUAUUUCCCAGAGAAAUUGGGCAGGAGUUUUUCCUGCUAAUCCACCCUUGAUUGGUCCUUCCUGGGGUUCCAGUAUGCAGUUCCAUCCAGGUAGUGUUGCAGCACCUCUUUCCCAUUAUUUUCGUGAUGCCACCUUUGGGUCAAAUGGGAAUGAUGCGGUUGAGUUUGAUAAUGAGGGUCCUCUUAUUACAGAACUGAACUCAGAGGAGUUUGACUUCAUCUACCAGGAGAGUGAUGCUGGGGCAUCCAGAAGGUUCAACUCUGAUGACAGUGGCCAUCAUAUGUUUCAUUCUGAUAGCAAGCAACGGAAACCUCAUUAUGGUUUAAACCCAGUACGUACAUCGCGAAACAUAAAUUCUGGUGCUUUAUCAAUAGAAAAGAGUAAAUUCACUAGAGAAGUGAGAGGUUUGGUUAGAGAAGAUGAAAAUGAUACAUUUCAAAAUUCCAAACCAAAAAGUAAAGUAAGUGAUCAUAACUCCAAUUCCAGGGUUGCAAACAAGAGAUUUGAAAAUUUUAGUAAUGGCUUUAUGGAGAAAGUCCCCAGGUCAGCAAGUGAUAAAUGGGAAAGAAAACCAGUCUUUUCUCCAACAUUCUCUUCUUUGUCUGGAAAAGCUAUAAAUGGUUCACAGUCUAAGAGUUCAUCCAAUCAUGUUCAGCCAGUUGUUGAUGAUGGGAUUUCAAAUUGGACUUCUAUGUCCCCUGAGGCAACUGAUGGGUCCGAAAGAAUCACAGGAUCUUCCAUGUUGUCUUCUGGAAACAUGAGAAACCAACUGUUAAAUGGAUUUGAACCAGCACGGGUAACUGGAUCAGAUCAACUGCUUCAAUUUGCACCAGUGCUUGUAGAUACUUCCCAGCAGAGCAGAGGGGACAAUGCAAAGGGUCUGCCUCUAGCAUUUGUUCCUACUGGCCCACCAUUUCCAUUUGUGAUGGUACCAGUGCCAGUUUAUAAAUCCAUAAGCCAAUUAGAAAGAGAUGAUGAAGUAAGUCAUUGUGGAGCAAAAUCUGACUUGAACAUUGACUUGGUGGAGAGUUCUGAUCAUUCUAAAGAUUUCUUGAACUCAGCUGCUUCAAGAGUGCCUGGACCUGAAUCCUUUGAUGAGCUGCACAAACCCGACAUUCUGAACAGUGAUCGUAACAGCCAUUGGCAAAAUCUGGAGUAUGGACGUUUGUGCCAGAAUUCCCACUAUCAUGCACCAUUAGUUUAUUCUUCUUCCCCUCUUAUGGUGCCACCACAGUAUUUGCAGGGGCCAUAUCCCUGGGAUGGUCCUGCCAGGUCCAUGUCAGCCAAUCUGAACUUGAUGCAAGUAAUGGGGUAUGGUCCUUCUCUGGUGCCCAUGAUACCUCUGCACCCUGGACCUGAUAGGGCUUCUGGUAGUUUCCAGCAUUCUGGAGAUGAGGCACCACGAUAUCGUGGUGGUACAGGAACAUACCUGCCAAAUCCUAAAUUCUCUCAUAGAGAACGACAAUCAAGCUCGAGACACCACAGAGGAAACCACAGCCGUGAUAGGCACGACCAUAGGGAUAGAGAAGGAAGUUGGAUCAGUUCAAAACAUAAUUUACGCAAUGGUGCUGAGAGGCCAAGAGCACAACCUGACCAACACGCCACAACAAAAAAUCAUGUAGACACACAAUGGGACUCUUACAGGCAUGUGCCAGCUUCCUAUUACAUGGUCCAGAACAGUUCUUUUGGGUCUUCAAACUCAUCGCAUGGUAGGGGAACUGCGGUUGGCACAUACACACAAUCUGCUUUAGGUUCAGACGCAGGAGGUCCGACAAGACCAGAAAUUCCUCCUUUCUUGAUGGUGUAUCCAUAUGAUGAAGGCGUCAGUGAUGUUUCAUCUGUUGAGCCACUUGAAUUUGGUUCACUUGGGCCAGUGCAUCAUCCAGAAAACCAUGUAGCACAUCAUCCAAGCGAUGGAGUUCCAGCAAGUGGGACAUAUGAGCAAAGGCAUGGUGGUACUUAUCGAGUUGGUUCAUGGCAAUCAUCUCCAGAUCAACCCUCUUCACCUCAGCUUAAAAGGUAGUUCUAAAUUAACAAUCAAUUCACAGUAUUUUCUUUUGCUGUGCAUAUUGUUGUUGUAGUCAAUUUAGGAGAAUAAUGUAAAAUAGAGUUUAGAUAUGCUAAUAAGGUGUCAUUUUGAACAUGAAUAUGGCUCACAAUGGUCAACCCCAAAUAUGCUUCUUAACACUCGGGUAAUCUGAAGUGUAUGAAGUGAUUGUAGCAUGUUUAAACGUUGAUUUUAACUUGUAGUUGACAAUUACAAGUAGGCCAUGAUACUGUUCUUUGAUAA